UAACAAAUUGUUUAGUGAAACUCUUCAAAUGGUUUUUGACGUUGUCACUUCCGCCGCUGAAUAUGUAAGGAAAAUAGUGGAAGGUUGCUCAGGACUGAAGGCUUUACUUACAGACGAUGAAACCUUGUCCAUGAUCGGUCUCGUCUACUCGCAGCUUGAAGCUUAUAAUAAAGGAGUGUUCCUGAUAGAGAAACUUGAUACUCCAAGAAGCGAACAAAUGAAACAUAUGAAAUGUUUAGUUUUUGUUAGACCCAAUUCUACCAACUUAAACAUUUUGCAGAGGGAACUUGCUUCUCCAAAAUUUGGAGAAUACCACAUAUUUUUCUCAAACAUCGUCAGGAAAACUUUACUAGAAGAACUUGCAGACUCAGACACUUCUGAAGUCGUCAAUGAAGUACAGGAGUACUUUCUUGAUUUCUAUGCAGUGGCACCUCAGUUGUUUCAUCUGAACGUUCUUCCUUGUGUAUUGUCUGCUUCAGUUGAGAACCCUAUUUUGGAACGUCUAGUUGACGGGAUAAGUUCACUUUUUCUGGCACUCAAAAUGAGACCCUUUAUACGUUAUGAUGCACAUAGCCAAUUGUGUAGGUUUAUCUGUGAAAGAUUGAGUGUCAGAAUGGAUCAAGAGAAUACUCUCUUUGACUUUCGUCGUCGUGAAAGUAACCCUGUAGUACUUAUAUUGGACCGUAUGCAGGAUCCUUUGACGCCUCUAAUAACACCUUGGACCUACGAAGCCAUGAUACACGAACUGAUUGGUAUCAAGAAUAAUCGAGUCAACCUACGCCAUUCCCCGGACGCUCGAAAAGGAUAUCAAGAAGUUGUGUUGGAUCCAAAACAGGAUGGAUUUUACAAUGUGAAUAGAUAUAAGAACUAUGGAGACUUGGGAGUAAAUAUUAAGUCGUUAGUUGACCGAUUUCAGGAAAAGGCUCGAUAUAAUCAUAGCACAUCAACCAUCGAAGACAUGAUGAAGUUUUUAGAAGCUUAUCCCGAGCUUCGAAGCUCCUCUUCCGAAGUAAACAAACAUGUAACAUUAAUGAGUGAACUUUCGCGUCUUGUGACAUCUCGACAUCUUAUGGAUGUAGCACAACUUGAACAAGACAUUGCCUGUAGAAACAGUUUGACUGAACAUCAAAACCAGCUAUUCAAGAUGCUUCAAAACCCACAUAUUCACAUUGAAGAUAAAUUUCGACUCAGUUUAAUAUACGCAUUGCGUUAUGAAGAAGUUACACAAAAUCGAUUGGGAGAAAUAAAGGAUACCUUAAAGAAGCUGGGACUAAGUGCAGAGCGUUUGCAGCUUUUUAGUUCGAUUCUCAGGUAUGGUGGCAAUGCUAGUAGGACAAGCGAUAUAUUCCAAAACAAAAGUAUUUUGGGUAUAGUUCGAAACACGGUUCGUCGAGGCAUUGUUGGUGUAGAAAAUGUUUUCGCGCAACACGUUCCUUUAAUUGUUCAUAUCAUAGAUGACAUUAUGAAAGGUAGAUUGAGAGAAACAGAAUUUCCAUUUAUGAUUCCACCAUCUGGCAAAAAUGUUCCAAAAGAAAUAAUCAUUUUUAUCACAGGGGGAGUUACAUAUCAAGAAUCUAGAGCUGUUGCCUUAAUUAACGGAGAUUCGCAAACAGAGAGCGAACCCGAAAUUAGUGCUGCUGCCAAUUUUGCGCAAUCAAAUGGAUUCCGAGUUAUUUUGGGUGGCAGUACCGUGCAUAAUUCAAAGAGCUUUCUUGCGGAAGUUUCACGUGUUGCUUACCCAUGGAAAUAAUACCGAUGUUCUUUGGUAUCUCUUUUUGUUGGGUUUCCUUUUGAGAAGAGGUACCGUCCUUGUUCCAUGUGAGAGAGAAUUGGAAAAGUAUUCGAUUUUUCUGGAAAGUCUCGAGCGAAACACAAUGUUAUUGGCUACAUAAUGAAUAAUAACAGUACUAGCAUUUUUCUGGCGCCAAAUUGAGUACCGAAACUUGUUUAAAGAACUUGUAAAUAUCUUGAAUAAUGGCAC